AACAUACUUAUGUAUAUGUAGUUAAAGGUAGCACAGGUGGCGUUGGAAAAGCUUUAUUUUCAAUGGGAACUUUUACUGAAAAUAUUUUUAUUGUCAGAAGAAGGAUUCGCGAAUUGCAUCCUCUUAAUAGAGUCUUUAGUUUCCUAAAUGAAGUAUCGACUUUAAUUGCACUUCGUUUCUCACCUACUUGUAAGAAUGGCGUUCGUUGGUGUAGGUACACACGUUGCCAUUGCCGAUGAUCCACAGCAGUGACAAAACAAGCGAUCUAGAAAUCUAGACACGUUUUUACACCGCGUGUGACUUGCCCGGGAGAUCGAGCAGUUCACAUUUUUUACCGAAUUAACAUGAGAUUUAAAACUUACACGGGAAUCACCUGGUCCGUCUUGGAGCUCACGGGCCUCCUGGAGGACGAGGAUUCUCGUGUCUACUUUGAAAAGUUUAGAAAGCACAUUGGCCUGCACCCGUUUCACAUGACAAACUUAAAUGCCGCGCUGAAUGAAAUUCUGAGCUCGAAUUUGAAUUCCUACGAUCACGAUAUUCAAGGGUUUCUGUUGGCAUACAAGAAUCCCAAACUAUUGACACCAUUAGGAGACGUAUUUUAUGACACCUGCUUCAUUCAUGUCGACAUCGAAGCAGACUUUUAUGUAUUUAGACCAGAAGUAGGCUGUACGUUAAGAGGAAUUGUAAAUAAAAAGGGAUUAGAUCACAUUGGCCUGCUUGUGCACAAAGCAUUCAAUGUUUCAAUACCGAAACUGGAUGAUGAGGAGAAUUGGCCAGGUGAUAAUGUUGAAAUUGGUCAAGAAGUACGAUGCGUAGUGAAGCUUCUUGAUUUCACUAGCAAGUUACCAUUCAUUCGUGGUGUCCUGGAUCCAGAUGAAUAUUUACGUGGCUGUAGACUAACACCAAAGAGCGUCAAUAAAAGAAAGAAAGCCGAAAAGUCGGUUAAUAAAGUUACAGACAAGAGUGCUAAGAAGCAUACGCAUUUCGCAACCGAUUCCGAAGGAAGCUCCAACGACCAAGGAAAAGAACAAGUUGUACAACGCAAGAAAUCGAAAAGAAAAUCGGAGCAAGAGGAGCCAGUGGACCAUACCGACGAACCAAAUGAGAAAAAGAAAAAGAAGAGUAAGAAACACGAUAAGAAAGUUAAGGAACCGAACGAAUCUACGACUCGAGUAAAGCUGGAGACUGCGUAUAAUUCGGUAAAUGGUGACUUAAUGAGUACAGAAGAAACAGAAGAAUCUACUAGUUCGGGAAUUGAAGUUAAAAAAAAGAUCAGAGCUCGAAAUUCCCGAGGUAGUAUAGAUAACGACGGUAGUGAAUCAAGGAUUGAUGUAAAAAGUGAAAUUAAGACAAAGAUCAAAGUUCAGAGUUCGCAGAGCAGCGUAGAUGAAGAUAACGAUGACAGAAAUUCUAUAAAGCGUUCAUCGAAGAAGAUCUCGAAAACAUUGUCUAGCGUAGAUUCUAAAGAUAGCAUUAGGAAUAUAAAAUUCGAACCACGUGCAGUUGAUAAUGAUGUAGAAGUUACAGAAGAAAACAUAGUCGAGAGAAAACCAAAGAUAAAGCUAAGUUCUUUGGAACAAAAUCGUUUCGUUGACGUCGAUGGCUCUCCAGCAGAUUUUAGGACGGAGAAAAAUCGAAAAAGUUCGAAGAAAAUAAAGAGGGAGUUAUUUAGCGACAUAGACGUUCACGAUUUAAGCGAUAGUGUGCAAGGGACUCCGAAAAAACGACAUAAAAAGGAUAAAUUGAAAUCGGAGGUUUCGGAGAGUGAAGCUGGAAACUCGAAUGUCGACGAAGCUUCGAUAAAGAAAGGUUCGAGAAAAUCUAACGGAUUAGAUUUCGAACACACGUCUCGGUAUAUAAAAAUUAAGAAGGAAACAGUGACGAGUAGCACUGAAAAUAUUGCGGACGAGGAUGUGAACGAUCGUGCGGUAGAAGAAACCGAGGAAGCCACUCCAACUAAGAAGAAAUCGAAGAAGCAUUCAAGAACAAUUCCGAUAGAUACGAGAAACAUUAAAGUAGAACCUGGAUUCCAAGACGUUAUAGUUAAAGUGGAACCGAAUGACGAUUACGAAGAAAACACACACGUAGACCAAGUUACUGAGAAUGUAUCAAAAAGUAAUUCUAAGAAAAAACAUCGAACCCACGUGGAUGACGUCGCCGAUGAUAAUAUAAUAAAUGCAGAGAAUAACGUUAAACAAUCGAAAAAGACGAAGAGGAAAACAAUGGACGAAACAGAUUUGAAUAACAGUGAUAUCAAUCUUCGUAGUCCUGAGAAGAAGAAGAAGAGACACAGUAAAAGUUCAUCGAAUAAAGAGGAGUCGGGGGACAGGGAGUCGGGCGUUGAGCCGUCGUUCGAUUUUAGAGACGUUAAGAUUAAAAAAGAAAGGUUUACGGACAGUUGAAAUAAGGGUAUUCAACACAAGUGAAUAUGUAUAUAAAAUUGAUUUUAUUUUCCUAUAGUAGUAUUCGUACAUAUUUUUCAUGUCGCUGAGAUACUUCAAAGAUUGUACUAUAUCCUGCAUUUUCAUAAAUCAAAGUAUAAACCACGACCCCUCGAUCGUAUGAGGAUUAAAUUUUAUAUCUGACAAAGCGAAUCACUGUAUGUAAAUAUUUCCAAAUAAUAUUGUGAAGUAUCGGAGAAUGCUUCAAACAAAUGCAUCGAACAUUAUUGUAUUGCAUUAAAUGAUAACGCUCGUAGAGCACGUGUUGCGAUAGAAACUACUGAGAAAUGAAAAUCAUGUUUAUUAAAAAAUACAUAUAAAUUUAUCUUUUACAUCUCA